AUGAUGGACGACCCGCCGCCCUCGCUCCACCGGCUUCUCCUGCCGCCGCUGCUUCUAGUGCUGCUGGUGCUGGUAUCCGUCUCCUGCCCGCUCGCCCACGGCAGCCCAGCGACUGGAGGAGGACUCGGUGCCGAGGAAUGGACCGCGAGGACGGAUGCCGCUUCCGUUCAACUCAGACCCAUCAGAAAUUCGCAUCCGAGAAGACUGCUGCAGGUAGGCGGUGGAAACCACCUUCCACCACAGUUCCUGCAGCCGAGGCACAGGCACCACAGAAGAACACACUCGCCCGCUCCAUCGCCCGCGCCGUUCACCGCUCCAUCACCAUCGCCUUCAGCAUUUCGCCCAUCGCUAGCCCCUCCACAAUUGGCCUGGCCUCUCCCUUCCACCCCACAGCCAAGCCAUGAUCCUCAAGUUGGUGCCCCAGUCAACCCUUUGCAUAAGCAUUCCUGGAGAGCCUACGGUUUGGUCUCGGCAGGUGGCGCUGCUUUCCUUGUCAUGGCAGCGGUGUUUGCUGUGUACUGCCGGGCGAAGAAAGUGGGUACUGUGAGGCCUUGGGUGACAGGGUUAAGCGGGCAACUGCAGCGAGCAUUUGUGACAGGUGUGCCUUCACUGAAACGGUCAGAGCUGGAAGCAGCCUGUGAGGAUUUCAGCAAUAUAAUUGGUUCUACGGCUAACUGCAUGCUGUAUAAGGGAACAUUGUCAAGCGGAGUUGAAAUAGCGGUUGUGUCAAGUUUAAUAUCAUCCAGGAAUGAUUGGUCAAAAGAAUGUGAAUCCCAGUACAGGAAAAAGAUCUCGAGUUUAUCCAAAGUGGGCCACAAGAACUUCAUCAAUCUGCUUGGCUACUGUGAAGAAGAAAAUCCUUUCACCAGAGCUAUGGUGUUUGAAUAUGCUCCGAAUGGGACCCUUUUCGAGCAUCUCCAUGUUAGAGAAGCUGAGAACUUGGACUGGAUGGCCCGACUUAGAAUAUCGAUGGGGAUAGCAUACUGCCUCGAGCAAAUGCACAAGCUGAAUCCACCCGUCGUGCCGCGGAGCUUCGACUCAACAACCAUCCACCUCACCGAUGAUUUUGCCGCAAAGGUUUCAGAUCUUGAUUUCUGGAAUGGCACCAAGGGAUCUGAUUCCGUCGCCGACGACUGCAUCAUGUUAGACACGGAGAGCAUCGUGCAUCAGUACGGCAUUAUACUGCUGGAGAUAUUAACCGGGAGAGCGCCCUUCCCUGAGCAAGACCUGCCACUCGAUCAGUGGGCGUCCAUCUAUUUUGAAGGCAAGAUGCCUCUUGCAGAGCUGAUCGACUCGAGCCUGGGCUCCUUCCCUGAGGAAACCGCGCGCGCGUUGUGCGACGUCGCGCGGUCCUGCGUCGACCCGGACCCGAGCAAGAGACCGCGGAUGGCGCAGGUGGCGGCGCAGAUGAAGGAGAUCACGGCGGUGGGGCCCGAGGGCGCGACCCCGAAGGUGUCGCCGCUGUGGUGGGCCGAGCUUGAGAUCAUGUCUGCUGAGGCUACCUGA